AUGGUCGCUCUCGCCCUCGCCGCGAAAAUCUGCCUCUCCCUCCUCGCGCUCACACCGGUCCAAGCCUUCGUGGGGAUGGGUAUCAACAUGUACAACCCCUCGUGCGCAUACGCCUGUCGGUCCGUCAUCGCCGGCGCGUCAAUCGAAUGCCCCUCCUCGGCCGCCACUUCAACCUGCCAAGCCCGGUCCGGCCCUUUCCUCACUACCCUCGCCUACUGCAUCAAGACUCGGUGCUACCCAGACCCCAAUCCGAGCAGGGAGCAGAUUGAGGCGUACUGGUCGAUCGAGGCGACGGGGGACGAGGAUGCGCCGCCCAUGUGGGGCUGGCAGGAGGCGGUGGACAGGGUGAAUGGGACACCGUCGGCCAAGUAUGAUCCGAAGAGCAAGAUGAGGGAGACGGUGUUGCUGGAUCAGAAGGACUGGUUGGCAGCCAAGCAGAAGAUGGAGGCAUCGGAAUAUCAGCAGGUGCUGUACGCUCGAUACGCUCUCACCAUCUUCCUCGUCGGCAUCGGCACCCCCAUCCUCCUCACUGCCCUCACCUACCUCCCCUAUAGCCGCGUCAUCUCUGACUGGGUCCGUCCCCGGCUCAUCUACCCCACCCUAUUCAGACGACACGUCCAGCCCGUACUCUACCUGUUCCAUCUCCCCACCCUCGGCCAGUCCACCUACAUCCUCCUCAUCACUAUCCUCACCAUCACCCUUCUCCUUGUCGACUACGGGAACCUCUUCCCUUUCCGUACCUCCACCGAGGCCGAUAUUCUCAACUACCUCGGCAUGCGUACCGGUAUCAUCGCUAUGGCCCUCCUCCCGCUCACCAUCCUCUUUGCCGGGCGCAACAACCUCCUGCUCUACCUCUCCAACUGGUCCCACUCCACCUAUCUCCUCUUACACCGUUGGAUCGCCCGCCUCUGCCUCUUUGUCAUCAUCCUCCACUCGCUCAUCGAGUUUGUCCGAUACACCCUUCAAGGCCGGUACGCUGCCGAGGUCGCCAAGACCUACGUCCAGUGGGGUAUCGUCGGUCUGUUCGCCUGCUUCCUCGCGGUCCUUACCGCCCACUUCAGGCGUUGGGGAUACGAGCUCUUCCUCAUCAGCCAUAUUGUCCUCGUCGUCAUCUUCAUCGUCGGAACGUGGUAUCACCUCGAGCUCAAGUUCCAGCGGGAACGGGGUUAUCAGCAGUGGAUAUACCUCUGCUCGGCCAUCUGGUUCUUUGAUCGGCUGGUCAGACUGGGCAGGGUGCUCAGGACGGGACGGCGCAAGGCGGUGGUCAGCAAGAUAGGGGACGAGGUGGUUAGGGUGGAUAUUGAGGGGGUGAGGUGGUCAGCUACUCCAGGGCAACACGCGUACCUCUUCCUCCCGGCCGUCAGGAAGUGGGCGCCAUGGGAGAAUCACCCAUUCUCCGUCAUCCCGACCCACCUCCUACAGAAGCGCUGCGCCGAGAAGGGAGAGAUGGACGAGAAGAACUCGCCACAGACGUCAGCAUCGGCGAGUACGGCGGAUCUCGAGAUCGCUCGGCAGCUCCACACCCCAGUCCUUUCCUCCAUCCAUACCACCCCAUCCGGCGUCACCGUCUUCAUCAAGCGCAACAAGGGGAUCACGGCGGCCCUCCACUCGCACGCUUCCCCGGUCUUCACGGCACUCAUGGACGGCCCUUACCGCAAUACCUCCUCUCGUCCCGUCCUCACCUCCGAUCGUCUUAUCCUCUUUACAGGCGGGAUCGGUAUCACUGGCGUCCUGCCUUUCGUCCACGCCCAUCCCAACGUCAAGCUAUUCUGGUCCGUUCGUGCCGGGCAAGAGGCACUGGUCGAGGAGCUCGAGCCGACCCUCCCUGCCCAUGUGGAGCGGGGUGUGCGGGUUGGUGGGCGGAACAGCAUCGAGGCGGCGCUAGAAGCGGAGGUGGCGGCGGGGUGGAAGAAUGUUGGGGUGGUAGUCUGUGGACCCGGGAAGAUGUGCGAUGAGGUACGAAACAGGGUGGCGGAGCUGGGGAGGCGGGCGGCGGUGAAGUGGGAGCUAGACGUCGAGGCUUUCUUGUGGUAG